UGAGAUCACUGGUACUGUUUGAUUUGUAUUUCUAAACACCAAACAGUUGCAGACGGCAGUGCGCUGCCGUGUGUACAUCUGUGUUGGUUAUGGUUAAAUAUUUAUGAAAGAAAAGUUACGCGUGAGAAGGAGUAACCGUAACUGAUCCUUGGAACAUUCACGCUGGAAAUGGAUAUGGCCCCAGAACAACAUGCAAGUUCUGCCUUUGAUGUGAUGGCCAUCAAACAAGAGCCAGAGAUGGCCUCAGGACAACAUACAAGCUCUAUCUGUGAUUCAGUUACCAUCAAACAAGAGCCAGUGGAGGCUGAUGCUCAGGUGUCUCCCAAGCAAGAGGUUGAGUACAUAUCUGUUAAAGAAGAACCUCCGGGUCUGCAGGAAUGGGAGGUGCCUGAAUGCCACAGUAGUGCACAGGACCCACUAAGCUUUACUAAAGAGGAAUGUUCACCUUCAGAAGAUUAUCUUGGGCCUGUCACAUACAAUAUUGUUAAAACAGAGAAUGAAGAAGAUGAAGAGGAGGCAGCUAGCGAGGAUGAUGGACAGGAGCUCAAAAAUGAAAUGGAGUCAACAAGCAGUGAACCAGAAAGUGCUAACCUCAUUGGCGUUAAGGACGACGGUGGCACUAAUGACAGUGGCAGUUUGGUUACCCAAGAUUCGAUGGCUCCAGGUAUGGAAAACGGCAUACAAAGCACCACCAGACAGGAUGCAUUCUGUGAGAAUAAAACUGGUACAAGGCAUCUGACUCAUAGGUGUACCAUCUGCAAGAAGAAUUUUACACAAUUACAGGACCUCAAGGAGCACACACAUGUUCAAGGACAUGAAACUUUCAGUACAUGUAGUGAUGUGAAGAGCCAAUUGGGUCUCGACACUGGUGAAAGCUCCUACAGCUGUGGCGUUUGCAACAAGGUGUUCAACACAAAUAGCCAACUGAAGACACAUUUAAAAUUGCAUAUGGGCGGAAGCCCCUACAGCUGUGAUUUUUGCAGCAAGACAUUCACAGAAAGAGGAAAUCUGAAGCAACAUUUAAAGCUGCACACUGGCGAACGCCCCUAUAGUUGUAGCGUAUGCAACAAGACGUUCCUAAGAAACAGUCACCUGAAGAAGCAUUCACAGCUGCAUACAGGUGAACGCCCCUACAGCUGUGGCUUUUGCUACAAGACAUUCACACAAAGUAUUAACCUGAAGCAGCAUUUAAAACUGCACACGGGCGAACGCCCAUAUGGCUGUAGCGUUUGCCACAGGACAUUCACGCUAAAAGGUAAUCUGAAGAAACAUUUUAAGCUGCAUACUGGCGAACGCCCCUACAGCUGUGGAAUCUGCAACAAGACAUUCAUUACAAGUGGCCACUUGAAGAAGCAUUCUCAAGUGCAUACUGCCAAUGGCCCUUACAGCUGUGGCUUUUGCAAGAAGACAUUCACGUCAGACAGCUACCUCAAGACGCACUCUCGGCUGCACACUGGCGAAAGCCCCCACAGUUGUGGUCUUUGCAAUAAGACGUUUGUAACAAGUGGUUCCCUGAAGCAACAUUCAAUGACUCACACUGGCGAACGCCCCUACAGCUGUGGCAUUUGCAACAAAACAUUCACGCAAAGUAGUAAUCUGAAGAAACAUUUAAAACGGCAUGGUGACAAAUGUUCCUAACUAUGUGGCUAUUGCAAGACGACAUUCAUAACAAUUAACCACCUGAAGCAGGUUGGUCAACAGCAUACUGGCAAACGUCCCUAGAGCUAGUGCCAGUCACAAAAUACAAUCACGCGAAGUGGUAAUCUUAAGAAGCGUUUGCACCUGCAUUUUAUUGAACACCAUUUUGGUGAAACGCUAUGGUACCUUGUCAUGUGUUACCUAGCAUUACAUUCGUGCAGAACAUGGACUCUCAACUGCCUUCCAUGAGCCAUGGAGCCCUAUCAUCACCUGACUCAGUGAGUUACUUCCCAUGUUGGGAUUUUGUACAACAGCAUCUGGUAAUAAUAAUGUGACUCAACAUUGCAGUUGGUUCUCAGCCUUUACUACAGAAACUUUGUUAAGUAGGAACAGGUGAGCUCUGGGACAAUGUUGCCUUUCAAGCAAUAUUCCCGUAUGUUGGAGCACUGAGCUUCUUGGAAGGAAUACUACACUGAUAAUUCCACAUUAUAUGGUACAGAAAAACAGCAGCAACAUGUGUGAGAAAUGUUGCAUAAGUAAUAACUGUUUUACAAUACUGGUAAUGUGAUUUAAUAUGGCUACUGAUUUUUUUUUUUAAAUUUCAGUUUAUUGGCUUUUGGGUUGUGCCCACAAAGCCAUCUCAUCAGAGGAAAGACGAUACAAUAGUGUGUUUUAUAUGAUUUCCUUCUCAGUAAUGACAAUAAAAUGUCAUGUGACUAGGGCCUCCCGUCUGGUAGACCGUUCGCCAGGUGCAAGUCUUUCGAUUUGACGCCACUUCGGCGACUUGUGCAUCGAUAGGGAUGAAAUGAGGAUGAUUAGGACAACACAGCACCCACUCCCUGAGUGAAGAAAAUCUCCGACCCAGCCGGGAAUCGAACCCAGACCCUUAGGACUGACAUUCUGUUGCGCUGACCACUCAGCUACUGGGGACAGACAGCAAUGACAGUAUGAAUGUAAGAACAAUAGAACAUCCAGUCCCCAUGGGGAGAAAAUCUCCGACCUGUCGGAAAUCAAACCCAGGACCCUUUGGCUAGCAAUCUUCCACGAUGACCUCAUAGUUAUAGAGUUGGACCAGUGAAAAUGAUGCUGUUAUACUAGUUAUCACAGAACUGAAAAUCGAAGAGCAUUCGUAAUUCCUUUCUUGUGUUGUACAUAUUGUUGGUUUGAUACAUGUCAUUCACGCUUGUUCUUCUAAAUAUCACUUCGUCUAUUAUUCCAUCAUUCAUAGAUUUUGUCUCCAUUUCUCUGUUGUUAGAUUUCUUGCAAUGGAAAUGCUAAUGUCAUUAUAAGUUACGAAUCUUUGACCAUGAUUAUUCCAUCAUUAAAAGCAGACAGCUGUCACUAUAGGUGUCAUGUUUGCAGAUAUGAUACUUGGACUCCAUAUGAGCUCUCCAAAAGCGGUAGAAAUUGGUCUUAGUGCCUUACAGUGAAUCAACAGUGACAAAUUAUACACUACAGUAUAAUCAUACUGCUACAAUAAAAACUGUUGGAUCAAUGUAUAGUAUAAUAUAAAAAGUUCUUCAAAACGCCUCUGUUACGUUUACCACUUACCUUAGUAGCAUUCCAUCAUCACACUAUCUCCACAGAAUACCUGUGUUGUGACAACAAAAUCACAAGGGAAAACUUGCAUUUGUGUGUUGUAGUCUUGUACGAAACAUCACGUCAUUUCUUCAUCAUUGAAAACAAUUGACUCUUACUUCAGACUCUAGCUUGAAACACACUACUUUCUGAAUAAACUUGGGAUUUCCUAUACUAUUAAUGGGUUACACCUGAAGUCAGAUAAUAGGUUCCAGUAAUGUACUAACUGCUUAUCUUUUCACGCCUUCCACGCUGUAACAGUGGCACUACUUUUUCUGUGGAAUGAUUCUUCCAUCAUCAGACCAUCUCUAUUAACUCUUUCCGAAGGAACACAUAUGUUAUAGCUGCAAGUAUCACCUCGCAGGCCAUAGCUAUUAAUAAAUUAUGGCCAAAAGGCUGCCUAUUACAGUGACAAGGUACAUAUGACAUUGGUUUGUUUAAAAACACUGGAAUUUUAACAGUAGGAGGAAAAGCUUCAAAAUACAACAAUAGUUUUCUCGUCCUGUCCUAAAAGCAGUUGAAUGUAGAAAACUCUAUCUAUUGUUGGUAAGUUCUACACUAUUAAACAUUUAAUCUGGUCAAAUGUAGAACAUACUACUCGUGUUUUCUUAAUAGGUAUGAUUCCAUAACUGUAAUUGUAAUAGUUCCCUUAAACACUGUCCAGCUAUAGAAUAAAGUGAAGCAGAGUACCUCUGUAUCACUUAAUUUUUGAGUUUAAUUAUUUGGCAAUAUGCUCCAGUGGAUGAAUGGUGAUAGUAUACUCCAAGUUUUCAUGUUCUGGCGUAUCUCAACCCUCCUAUUCAUGGGAAAUAUUUUAUUUCAUGUAAAAACUGAUUUAAAUAAAAGCCAGACACAUAUUAUGUAAAAUGUAAGUUUAAACAAAAAGUAAA